AUGCAGUUCUCCAUUUUCAGCAUCCUGGCCAUCGCCACCGUUGCCAUCGCGGCUCCCCAGUCUGCCUGUGAAAACGGCGGCUUGUUUUACUCCGACCCAAAGACUCUUGAGCCCUGCAAGUCAGCCUGUGCUGGUGGAACUUGUGCUUUCCAGGGGACCUGCGAGACAGACCCUAACAUCCCUCUUCUCUGCUUGGCCAAGUGCACUUGCUAA